GAGUGCAUCAAACAUGAAGAGAGUUUUCUGAGCAAGUCUUCGUUGUUCCCAAAUGACGACACAUUAAUGCCCAAUUAAUAUACUAGUCACUUAUUAUGAACCUUCAAAAACCUCAAAAAGAAAAAGAAAAAGGCAGAGAAAAUCUCAGAUAUACCGUCCCUUCAGCAUCGGGGAUGAUCAUUGUCAAAGAAAAUACUUGUCGACUGGACACCCAGCUUGACAGGUUCCAGCAGCAAGUCAUCGACAAGAUACGCAACGAUGUAUCGAUACUGGACUCCAUAGGAACUGCUGACCGAUAUCAAUCUCGGCCACAGCAAUUAGUCGCUUUACAAAGUGCUGUCCAAUCACUUUCCAUAACGUCUACGACUCACAAUUUGCUAAAACCCGACAAACUUGUGAAUCUUAUCUCUGAUGUCUCUCGCAGGCUUCCCAAACAGCAUGAAGGCCCGCUUGAUGAAUAUACCACACACGAAUCGGAUCUUUUUUGGCUAGUGACUGCGAAGGCUGCCGUACAAACUUUGGGAUUACUGCUGAACAGCCUUGUGGAGCAAACGCAUGUUUUUAGCGACGAGAUUUUUUACUGGGAUGAUAUCUUGGCUUCUUCCUGGUCCACUUGGUUACAUUUUGCGCAGACAUCUCCUCUGCGGAUAUGGGACGGUGCAAGACAUUUGUAUUCCCAUGCAGCGAACAGAGUAACCCAAGACCGACAGUCUCCUUCGAUGUCGGUUAGAUGGGCACACUUCUAUGACUUGCUUAGACGGUCUGUCCGUGUACAUCCUACGUACUCCAUGCGAAGCAGAAUCUCAUCACACCUUGCGAUGUGCAAGUCGGACGUCCGACGGAAACAAAAAUCCUUGAGAGCGAUGAGAGAUUUACAUGCCAGCAGCAUCGGGCUCCUCAUGGAAGAAUGUUUGUCAUUCAACGUUGGAAACGGCCACAAAUUUUCUGGAAACCAGUGGCGGGACACGUUACUUAGAAGCGUCAUCCUAAUGGAGACCAUUCUAUGUAAUACAACGGAUGACAUUGGUAUCGCCGAUUUUGAGCACAAAGUGUUUACAAUGACAAAUGCGGAAGAACACUUCGUUGUGGGUCAGCUUAACGAAAGUCUGGUCUCUGAAUACCCCGGAAUACUCAUUGAUCGGCUUGUCAAUAUCCUCCAAGACCUUCUACCUACAUAUCAAUUAUCUUCAAAGGCAGUUGCUCGGAAAUAUGGCCAUCCGUCACGCCUUGUACGCUAUUGGUUGCCAUUCUCUUUAUUGCUCUUUUCAGCAAGUACUUCUCUGAAAAUCCUAGCGGACAAGCGCACCGAGAUCAUCCAGUGGAUUCUGGAAAUUGGAUCAACGGCAGUCGAUUUCUGGAGUAACUGGGUGAUUGAACCAAUCCAACGGCUCAUCGGGACAAUCAGACAUGACAGGGCAAGCGAGAUUGCAAUAAUGAGCAAAAACAGCUUGGAGGCAGACCGGGCGAGUUUGGAGAGGAUGGUGGUUGAUUUCGUUCAGGACCAUACGUUGACCCAAGGAGAUCCUGCAGCAACAGAUACACUUACUAUAACGAACAGCGUCAGAGAAGGUGAUUUGACACCGGUAUUGAAAGCAUACGAAAGAGAUUUGCGAAGUCCUUUCGUUGGGACUGUACGAGGCGAUUUGAUUCGCACUCUUCUGAUCCAAAUUCAAAAGACCAAGGUUGAUGUGGAGAUAGCAAUGAGCGGCAUCGAUUCUCUUCUCAAGAGCCAGGAACUUGUUUUUGGCUUCGUUGGCAUCACCCCAGGAAUACUGGUUUCAUAUUCUGUUUUUCAAUGGGCCUGCGGCCUUUUUGGUAGCAGAAAAGGCCUGCGAAGGAACGAGGAGCAUCAUCAGUUGAGACAUGCUUUACGGAACGUUGACCGGACUCUGGCAGCAUCGUCACUUACCACAAAUGGCAUCCUCAAUUUCAAAGACCAUGGGCUCUUGAUAUGCGACGCAGAAUAUCUGCUGCAAAGGGCAAGGGCUGUCCUAAAAGGAGCCGACCUUCGGAAAUUCAAUGAGGAUGUCAGCGACCUAAUCGACAUCCAACGUGGUGCUGACAGACAACUGCAAGUCGUUAGGCGGAUAGGAUACACGUACUCUAGGUGGUUCCAGUAAUGGCUGUUGAUGAAUCCUUCCCUUCCCCCCUGUUCCCUGUCGGCGGCUCCCUUCAAUUUACGUUGCCCCAGGGUAGAAUGAUUAGCCAUGCUAUCUAUGUCUCAUGAUAUUUCUUGAGUAUCUCCAAUCUUGUUUUGUCGCCCGAGUACUUGUCAUCUGGUGCAGAAUGAAUCAGUACGGAGCUGGUUAUUAUAAAACUUGGUGCAAGUAAGAUAAUCAAGUAUUUUUAUACUUCAUCCAUGCA